CGAUUCGACUCGACAGACACCAUUACCAUCUGUUCAGCUCAUCUAGCCCAACCUCAACCACUCCUUUACCUCCACGACCAUCUACCAGCUCCGCCAGCGAUAGGUGACACUCACUGCAACAAUGACGACGAUAACUCCGCAAGCGACGCAAUCGUCUAAGCCCCCAAUCCUUCCCGCCAACUUCUCUGGAAACCAGCCGAAAACAAUCCGUCUCUACCCUCUGAGCAACUACACGUUCGGCACGAAAGAGAACCAGCCAGAAGAGGAUCCCUCGGUGCUCGCGAGGCUUCACCGCCUACAGGAACACUACGAGCAGCAUGGAAUGCGCCGGACUUGUGAGGGUGUGCUGGUUUGCCAUGAACACUCGCACCCGCAUAUUCUGAUGCUGCAGAUUGCCAAUGCUUUCUUCAAGCUGCCCGGCGAUUACCUCCACCACCACGAAGGCGAGCUCGAAGGAUUCAAGAACCGACUCAACGAGAGACUAGCGCCGGUGGGCUCCCAGUUCUCUGGUGAGGGUGUAAACGACGAGUGGGAGAUUGGUGACACACUGGCCCAGUGGUGGCGCCCGAACUUCGAGACAUUCAUGUACCCGUUCAUUCCAGCACAUGUGACGCGCCCGAAGGAGUGCAAGAAGCUGUAUUUCAUUCAGCUUCCCAGGACGAAGGUGCUCUCGGUUCCCAAGAACAUGAAACUCCUGGCUGUCCCCCUCUUCGAGCUCUACGACAACACCGCUAGAUACGGACCACAACUCAGUGCAAUCCCUCACCUUCUGAGCCGCUACAAUUUCGAAUUCGUCGAUGAGAACGGCAACGUCGUGGCGGUCACCCCCGGUGGCCAAGGCAGCGGCGAGGGAGAAGUACCACAGACGAAGGUGUUGGCUGGAGGUGAAAAUGGCGACACCAAGGUUGAGAAUAGCUAGGUGCAGCCAAAACCUGAGGAUGGAGUCAAGCCCGAGGAGGUUGCUGUGAAAGUGGAGGAGCACGAUGAUGGCGAUGAGAAAGAGAAGGUGGGCGAGGUUGUUGACGAGGAGGACGAUGGGAAGGAAAUGGAUUUGUUUUGGGCGGAGUUGUAUAAAUAAUUACGGAAUACGCAGAGACGGAGAUACUAUUACUACUACUAUCUACUGCGAAUACACAUCACUGUACACAUCACCGUACACCAAAAGCUGUAGGAAAUCGUGAUGCUGCUGCCCAGCAGCUCCAGCUAUUGUCCGAUAACGUAAGAUAGAGUAG